CAAAAAUAUGUAAGGUUAGGUUGAAAAUUAAUUAUGUGUCAACGUAGUCAAGAUUAUCCGAAUUAAUUUAUUAAACAACUUCGCAACUUUGAGUUACUUUACAGUAAUAUGAUGAUAAUUUAACACUUGAAUAAUGGCUGUUGUGAUAGAAACAACACUCGGUGAUAUUACAGUGGACCUGUAUUUGGACCAGCGUCCUGUAACAUGUUUGAACUUUUUGAAGCUUUGCAAGAUGAAAUAUUACAAUUUCAACUUGUUUCAUACUAUACGCAGCGGAUUCAUCGCUCAAACUGGUGAUCCCACUGGGGAAGGUUCCGGUGGACAGUCAAUAUGGGGAAUUUUAGAGGGGCCAGACAAGCGAUUUUUCUCUGGAGAGAAAAGACCCAAAAUUCGUCACACAGGUGCUGGGUUACUAUCAAUGGUAUGUACUGAUGAUAUGAUGGUUGGAUCUCAGUUUUUCAUAACUCUGGCACCGGAUUUGGACUCACUAGAUGGAACGCAUUGUGUCAUUGGCGAAGUCACUGAAGGGCAUGAAGUAUUAACUAAACUAAAUGAAGUCAUCUGUGAUGAAGCUCAUCGUCCCUACCGAGAUGUAAGAAUAACCCACACUGUUGUACUCGAAGAUCCUUUCAAUGAUCCACCUGGAUUGAGAGCUCCAUCAAGGUCACCUUCACCUAACCCAGAACGUCUGAAAGGCGGUAGAAUUGCUCCUGAUGAAGAAAUAGAUGAGACACAAGGUAAAAGUGCAGCUGAAAUACAGGAAAUGAUUGAAGAGAAAGAGGCCAAAGCUAGGGCUACAAUAUUAGAAAUCGUAGGUGACUUACCCGAUGCUGAUAUCGCUCCACCAGAAAAUGUGUUAUUUGUUUGUAAACUUAACCCUGUCACAACUGACGAGGAUUUAGAAAUUAUAUUUAGCCGUUUUGGUAAGAUUGUUAGUUGUGAAGUUAUAAGAGACAAAAAGACAGGCAAUUCUCUUCAAUAUGCAUUUAUUGAGUUUGAGAACAAAAAAUCAUGUGAAGAUGCAUAUUUUAAAAUGGAUAAUGUGCUGAUCGAUGACAGACGUAUCCAUGUUGACUUUUCACAAUCUGUUUCCAAAAUGAGAUGGCUCGGUAAAGGGAGAGGAGUACAAUAUUUUGAUGAGGAACCUAAAAAUAAAUCAAGGGAUGAAGAUAAGAGAAGAGGUAGAUAUAGAGAAGAAAAAGACUUAAUAGAUAAAAGAGACAGCCAAAGCAAUGGUAAACGGAACAAUAUUAGAAAUGAUAGUGAUAGACAGUAUAGAGGUGACACUGAGAAGAAUAGACAACGUAAAGACGAUAGAGAAGGAGACAAACUAAAUAUAGAUGAAAGGGAAAAAUAUAAACAUCAGCGUAAAUAUGAAAAAGAAAGAGACAGACGGAAUAAAGAAACAGACAUGCAAAUUAGAGAUGAUAAAGAAAAGAACAGGUUAAAUAAAGAUAAUAGAGAAAGAGACAGGUAUAAUAAAGAUGAUAAUAAAAGGGGCGUCCAACAUACAGAAGUAGAAAAGAGAAACAGCAAUGAUAGAGAAAUGAGAAGGCAACAUAGAGAUGAUAGAGAAAAGGACAGGCUAGAUAGAAAUAAUAGAGAAAAAGACAGGGAGCCUAGAAAUGAGAAAGAAAAAAACCAACAAAAUAAAGAUCAUACGGAAGUGGACAGGCAAUAUAGAGAUGAUGAAAAAACUGACAGACAAAAUAGGGAUGAGAAGGAAAUGGACAGUCAAUACAGAGAUGUUAAGGAAAAAGAUAGGCAUUAUCUAACUGAUAAAGGCAGACAGUAUAAAGGUGAUAAUAACCUGAAAAGAAAACAUAUAGAUGAUAGAGAUAGUGACAUACAAAAUAGGCAAAAAGACAUAUCAAAUAGAGAUGAUAGAGGAACAGAAAGGCAGCAAAAAAAUGACAGAGAAAUGGACAGACAACAAAAAAAAGAUGAUAGAAAAAGAGACAGGCAAAGUAUUGAUGACAGAGACAUUAAUAGGCACUAUAGAGAUAGUAGAGAAAAAGAUGAACAACCUGAAUAUGAUACUAGAAAAGAUAGACAGCAGUUAACAGAUAGAAAUAGACCAUACAAAGAUGGCAAUAACCAGGAUAGAAAUGAAAGGGAAAGAGAUAUGCAGGAUAGAGACAAUAGAGAAAAAUGGGAAAGGGACGGGCAAAAUAAGGAUGAUGCAGAAAGAGACAGGCGACAUAGAAAUGAUAGGCAGCAAAGAGAUGACUACAGAGAAAGGAGUAGAAGCAGAUCAAAAACAAGUCAUUUUCAUGAUAAUAUCAGUAGAAAUGAAAGAGUAAAAUAUACUAGAGAAAUAGAACAUGAUAAGAGUAAAUCAUAUAAGUCUAAGUCGCCCACUAGGAGAAAUCAGGAUACAUCAGAAUACAAAGACAGUAGUGAUGAGAGAAGAAACAAUCGAAACUCUAGUAACAGCCGUCAUACGAAUAGAGAGAGAAAGCAUAAUGAUGAAAGCAAACAUCGUGAAAGAAGCAGGGAAAGCAAAAAAGAUAAACAGAGACAAGAUCUAGAUCCAAAAACACCUUCCCCUGUAAUUGUUGGUAAAAAAAAUAAGAAUUCAAAACAAAAGAAUAGCAAAAUGAUUUCCAGUAAGAAACAAAAUAAAAAGGGAAGUUCUGCUUCCAAAAAGAAAAGAAAAUCAUCUACAUCGUCGGAUGAUUCAUUUGAGUCUAGUUCAUCAAGUAGUGAAUCUAGUACUUCGAGUGACAGCGACAAUAAUAAAAAGAAGUUGAGGAGAAAAAAUAGGAAAUCUUCUUCAUCAAGCAGCAGUACCAGCAGUUCAAGCAGUUCGUCGAGCAGUUCAGACAGUAGUAGUGAAUCAAGCUCAAGUUCAGAUAGUGAAAAUAAUAAGAAAAAGCGUGUUAAGAAAAAUGUGAAACCGCCAGUUAAAAAACCUAAAAAGAAGUUAUAGGAUCUGUAUUUAUAAUUAUGUACUUAUAGCUUAAUUUUGUAUUGUUGUGUAUAGUGUGUGAACUUUGUAUAUUAAUAUGUUGUCAAUAGUGAAGUUAAGUAAAUUAAUGUAACCACAAAUGAUUCACUCAUUGAAUUCUAAAGAGAAUCAUUUUUAAUGAAAAAUAGUGAAUAGUAAACAGAACAACAAUCAUGACGUAGUCAGCAAUGUAAGAAAUGCUGAAUGAUUUAAAUGCUUCAUUAUUUUAUGGUACUUCUUUAAUGCUACAUAAAAAGCCAAAUGUGAGUCGGACUCUCACAUCAAAGAUCUCAUACCAUCAUACAAGAAAUAACACCAAUAUAUUUUAUUUCAUGGUGGCCAUUUUAAUUUUUUUACUAAUUGUUGUUACAGUGGCAAUAGAAAUCCACAUUCUGUAAAAUUUUUAACUCUACCAUUACAGUUCAUAAGAUACAGUCUACUGACAGACAGACAGGAGUACAGUGGAGGCUUAGUAAUAGGCCUUUAGUAUAGUAAUAGUGCCUUUUGGCACUCUUCGGGGAUGAAACCCUAAAAACGAAAGAAGUACUAGCACUUCAUAAUAUGUAUAGUUUAUGAAUAAAAACUGCAUGCAAAAUAUCAUCAAUAUGUUGUGGUUAUGUUGAUUCAAAAUUCUGGCAUAUCCAAUUGUAAACUUAAAUUAAUUAUUUGCUAUUAAUGAUAAACUUAAUGAAAUAACCCAUUUAUGUAUCAAAAUAAUGAAUGAAUAUACACCAUCUUAUUUUUAGACUGAAAUAAACCCAUGUACAGAGCCUCACAAUAGGUUUCUAAAGUAUUUAAUAUUCACUUUUUAAAUACUUACUUUAUUACUUACUUAAGUGGCUGGAUGAGGAAGGCCGAGGACCGGGUGGGGUGGCGCUUUAUAGCGAAGGCCUAUGUCCAACUGUGGAUGUCCACAGGCUGAUGAUGAUGAUGAUGAUUUUAAAUAUGUAUUUGCUUUUUUAAAGAUCCUAUUAGGAUUUCCUCCAAAUCCUUAAUGCAUCUUUAAAAUCCUCAAGGAAUGUCUCCUUUGAAAAUGUUAGUUCCACCGGAUUAGGCCUGGUUUGGAAGGAAUUAGGAAGUGGAGUGGAGAGAUGUGUUUAGUCGAACAGUCAGAUUCUUAAUAGAUAACGUGAAAAAAUAAUAACAUUAUCUUGUAAAAAUCUGACUAGUCAACUGAACAUAGACCUACUCUCCGUUCUGCUUAAGUGGAAACUGGGCCUAGGCUGUGUGGUGUCCAUUAAGUCAGUCACUGUUGACGGUACUGUUUUAUUAACAAACUUCCAAAAAGGAGGAAGUUUUCAAUUCUGCACAAAUAUUUUUUUUAUGGAUAGACAUUGAUUUUAUUACUUAUUAUUAUUAUUAUAUAUAAUAUUAUGUUAAUUGAAAUGAAAUGAGGAACAUUACUUUAAUUCCACACAUUAUGACCUAACUAAUGAUUUAAAGUAAAGCCAAAAUUGAUGUACCCCGCACUGGGGGUUCUCGUAAUAUGAUUUUUGGCAUAUUAGUACAAUGUUUGUGUGUACAAUGUAAAGUAUUUUGCAAUUUUUUUAUUUUAAUGAAAUAUAGUUAAAGAAAUGUAAGGUAGGGAUGUUUACAAAACUUAAUUAGGUAUUUUAAGGCAUUAGAUAAAGUGUGUAGGUAUGUAAGUUUUUAUAUAUCAAUAACCAGGCUAUUAAAUUGAUAUUCAAAUGAAA